AUGGAGAACGGCAAGUUGAAGUCACGCCGUUGGUGUGAUCUCCACGUUGGUAGCAUGGUGGUGGUGAGGCAAAACGAAUAUGUGCCAGCGGAUUUGGUGUUGCUGUCGACUUCACAUGAAGAGGGCCAUGUCUAUAUUGAGACUGCCAACUUGGAUGGAGAGACCAACCUGAAGACCAAAAUGGCACCCAACCAGAGCUUUAAGCUCGUGGGGCACCACGAGACCAUGGAACAAGCAGCUCUGGCCGCGUGCGCGCUGGACAUGUACUGUGAAUGCGAGCUGCCGAACGAGUUUCUCUACACCUUCGCUGGCAACAUCACCGUGAACGCUCAAGGCAAGAAAGGAAACAUCUCUGUGGACGAGCAGCACGUGCUCCUCCGUGGUUGCAAAGUGAAGAACAUCGCUUGGUGCUUGGGCUCAGUGAUCUACAGUGGCAAGGAGACCAAGAUCAUGAUGAACAGCAAGAAGCAGAAGGGCCGAAAGAUCUCCCACUUAGAGCGUGACGUUGGCAAGCUCACCUGUUUGAUCUUCGCCAUUCAGAUGGUCCUUUGCCUCAUUGCUGCCAUCGCCAGUGCCAUCUUCGAGACGUCAGAGGAGAACCUGCGGAAGAAGUAUUUGAACCUCACUGAUGCGGAUGGCAACGCCCGCAAUGCUCUCUUAGUGUUGCUCAUCCGCUGCUUGGCGCGGGCGUCGUGGCAUUCCACGUCAAAGCCAUCCUUUGGUUUCUUCAAUUUCAUGCUGCUGUUUUCGAACUUCAUUCCCAUCUCUCUGAUUGUCUCCAUGAGCUUCGCCAAGUUGGCACAGAUUUUUUUCUUCUAUGCGGACAAUGACAUGAUUUACCAGGGCAUUCAUUGCAUGCCGCGGACUUCGGAUCUCAAUGAAGAAUUGGGACAAGUGGAGUACGUCUUCUCGGACAAAACCGGUACACUUACUUGCAAUGUGAUGGACUUCCGCAAGUUCUGUGUCAAAGGCAUCACUUAUGGCCAGGGCAUGACGGAGAUCAAGAGACAGGUGAUGAUGAAGAUGGGAAAGACGGUGGAGGAGCCACCCGUCGCAGAACCAGGUGCCAAGAGGACUCCCCACGUUGAUCUAGUAGAUCCAAGGAUCGACGAGCUCAUGAGGAAUCCAUCCGACCCUCAUUAUGCAGAAGUCCAUGACUUCCUUUUCCAUUUGGCGGUGAACCACGAAGUGGUGCCCGAGUUCGAUGGCGUCGGCGCUAUGACCGGCUACAGCGCAAGCAGCCCCGAUGAGGCGGCACUGUGCUACGGCGCGAUGCAUUUUGGAUUCACCUUCCUGGGCCGUGAUUCCGCUGGCGUCUCGGUGAAACUGGACGAUGGCGAAAUCAAGAAGGUGGACAUCUUGGCCACAAUCAAAUUCAACUCCACGCGAAAGCGCUCAUCGGUGAUCGCCAGAUUCAAGGAGGGCGACAAGGAGCGACUGGUGCUCUUCACCAAAGGUGCGGACACCAUCAUCCUACAGCGAUUGGCGCCGGAACAUCAGAAUUCUGCAGAGACCAGGCAGUCCAUGGAGACGCUGCGCGAGUUUGCAGAGGGCGGCUUGCGCACGUUGUGCCUGGCCAGCCGCGAUCUGACCAAGGAAGAGGUCGACAACUUCUUGAAGAAGUGGAAUGAGGCUUCCUUGGCGACGCACCACCGGGAGGAGAAGAUGGAUGCGGUCUCUGAGUCGCUGGAGGUGAAUUUAGUCAUGGAUGGAAUCACAGGAAUCGAGGAUCGCUUGCAGGAUGAAGUGUCUGACACCAUCAUGAAGAUGACGGAGGCAGGCAUGAAAGUCUGGAUGCUGACAGGUGACAAAACUGAGACGGCCAUCAACAUCGGAGUGGCCACGGGGCUGUUGGCUGCCGAGCAAGGGGAGCUGGAGAGACCCAUGUUUUCGUCUGCAGACUUUGAGUCUGACGGCAACUUCAAUUAUGAGGAGCUUCAGAAAAAGCUGCGCACAGUAGCUGACCAGGCACGCCAAGCCUACACAGAGAAGCGCAUGUUCGAAGGAAUGGUCAUUGACGGCAAAUGCCUCGAGUUGGCCCUGGAGGCCCAAAAUGAGAAGGACUUUGUGGCCAUUUGCCGCACCUGCACAACCGUCAUUUGCUGCCGGGUUUCUCCGAAGCAAAAGGGUGCUGUGGUGAGGCUCAUCAAACAGGAGGAGAAGGCCAUUACACUGGCGAUCGGUGAUGGUGCAAACGAUUGCAACAUGAUCAUGAGUGCUGACGUUGGCAUUGGUAUUCGCGGUUUAGAAGGUCUGCAAGCGUUCAAUGUCAGUGACUAUGGCAUCUCCCAAUUCCGCUUCUUGCAAUACCUCUUGUUGGUCCAUGGUCGGUGGUGCUACAGAAGGAUCGCUAUAUUGGCAAACUACAUGUUCUACAAGAACUUCGUUUGUGUGCUUCCACAGUAUUUCCUGGGUGCAGUCUCGGGAUUUUCUGGACAGAAGCUCUACAACGAUAUCUUGUACCAGUUCUACAAUGUGUUCUUCACCUUUGUGCCGAUCAUGGUGUUUGCAGUCCUAGACCAGGACGUGCCAAAGAAGGCCUCACUGAAGUAUCCAGAACUCUAUCGAGCCGGAAAAGAGCGAAUGUACAUGAAUGUACAAGUUUGCCUCGGAUGGAUUGCCAGUGGCGUUUGGCACGGCCUAGUGGUAUUCUUCAUCCCAUAUCUGGUCAUGUCCAACGGAAACACGACGCAUCCUGAUGGAAAGGCAAACGACAUUUGGCUCGUGGGUUCGGUGGUUUUCUUCCAAGUCUGCCUGGUGACAAACCUCACAGUGCUCCUGGAGACUUGUUACUUGAACUGGGUCGUCGCUUUGGGCUUCUUCUUAUCCUUAUUGGCCUGGGUUCUCUUCCAAGGGUACAUCUCGGGCUUGCAUGGCGUUGUGGUGACUUCCGAGUUCUACGGUUCCAUGCAACGUCUCUUAGGCUGCCCCAUGAUUUAUCUUAUUGUCAUCACCAGCAGCGCUAUGGCGCUGAUGGCAGAUAUCCACGCAAAAGGCAUCAAAUGCUCAUUUUUCCCCAGCGUUCUGCAUCAGGUUCAAGCCAAGGUGCUUGCUGACCGCUCCA